GUUCUCUGGAAGGAGUAUAUGGUCCUAUUUAUUCCUCUAGUUCUUCAAAAAAAUAUGUGCUUCCAUGUGUCGCUGGUUCUACAGAAGGCAAAUAUGUGUCUAACGUUCCUGGUUCUUUGGCAGAAGAAUAUGCGUUUAUUGGUGCUGGUUCCUCAGAAGAAGAAUACGUGUCUAACGUAGCUGGUUCUCCAGUAGGAGAAUAUGUGCUUAACUUAGCUGGUUCUCCAGUAGGAGAAUAUGUGUCUAAUGUCGCUGGUUUUUCAGGUAAAGAAAAUAUGUUUACUAUUACCAGUUACCUAGAAGGAGAAUAUGUGUUUAAUGUUGCUGGUUCUUUAGAAGAAGACAUGUCUGUUGUCACGAGUUUUUUAGAAGAAUAUGUGUUUACUGCUGCCGGUUCUUCAGAAUAUGUGUCUCCUGCUGUUGGUUCUCCAGAAGAAGAAUACGUGUUCGACAUUGCUGGUUCUUUAGAAGAAUCUUCUACCACUGGUUUUCCAGAUAAAAAAUAUGUGUCUAAUGCUUCCGAAAAUGAACAUUCCACUUUAUACUCUGGAAAAAGAUUUACAUCAUGGGAAAUCUGUAAAAAUUUUAUUAAUGAUUGGGCUAAAAGACGUAGUUUUUAUUUAGUUAAGAAUCGAGUUACUCGUGAGGAUG